ACAAGUGGCCUUCCUUUCAAAUCUAAUUUGUGCAUUUUGUCAUUUUCUCCUCUCUUCGGAUGGGAUCUUCUCAACCUCAGAGUAUCUCUCUCUCCAUAAACAAAAAGAAAUACAAAAAAGAAGCCAAGAUUAUGUCCUUUUUACUCCAAGAAGAAGACACAGGUAGGGUUAGGCAUGGUGGGCAUGGCCAACGCACUAACACUCUCAUUCUCUUCUUCUAGCUCUCUUAAUCUUAUUCUUUGGCCUCACCACCACCUUUCAAUACCUAAUUGGAGUUGGAGAUACAAACGCACUCCUACAAUGGCCAUGGCCAUGGCCAAAGUGGUCCCAGCCGUAAUUGUGGGCAGCGGACGAGUGGGAAGGGCAUUGCAGGAAAUGGGCAACGGUCAGGAUUUGGUGGUGAAGAGAGGACAGUCCGUGCCUCUUGAUUUCGAGGGACCCAUCUUCGUCUGCACUAGGAAUGAUGAUCUUGACGCCGUUCUUCAAGCCACUCCUCCCUCCAGAUGGAACGAUUUGGUAUUUUUCCAGAAUGGAAUGCUGGAGCCAUGGCUUAAUAGUAAAGGUCUAAGUGAUGCGGAGCAAGUGUUAGCCUAUUUUGCAGUUUCAAAGCUUGGAGAAACCCCUGUGGAUGGAAAGACUGAUACCAAUCCUGAAGGACUAACUGCGGCUUAUGGCAAGUGGGCCCCUGCUGUUGCUGCAAGGUUGCAUGCUGCUGCCCUUUCUUGCAAGGUUCUGGACAAGGAAGCGUUUCAAAAGCAGAUGUUAGAAAAGCUGAUAUGGAUAUCAGCAUUCAUGCUUGUGGGAGCUCGUCAUCAAGGGGCCACUGUUGGUGUUGUGGAGAAGGAGUACCGCUCUGAAGUCUCUAGCCUUAUAGUAGAACUCACUUCUGCAGCAGCUGCCGAGAAAGGUUUAGUAUUUGAUGAGGCUAUGGAGGAUAGAUUAUGUGCAUACUCCCGAGCUGUUGCCCAUUUUCCUACGGCAAUUAAAGAGUUCAAAUGGAGGAAUGGUUGGUUCUACUCGCUCUCAGAGAAGGCAAUUGCACAAGGAAAACCUGAUCCAUGUUGCCUUCAUACAGCGUGGUUGAAAGAAUUGAAAAUUGUCUAGAAAAUGGAACUCUGAAUGUUACAUUGGAUACCCACGCUUAUAGUUCUCUUGUAAUGGUCGUUGGUGCUUUUUUGAUACUUGUUAUGAACGAGGUACGUUCCACACGGGAAUUUUCUGAUUUAUAAUGCUAUUGUUUAAAGAAAAAGAAUCAAAUAAAAAGAGAAAAAACAAAGAAAAUUAACAAGA